AGUAAGACAGGGGACAACAAAGCCUGAGCAUCACAGGGAAAACUUAUUGUGUGUAUUUGUCCGACAAAAGGUAGCCCUUGAGACCGGAGAACACAAGGCCGUUGUUGGAACAUCAGUGCAAGGUCUGAGUAGCAUCCUGUGUUGUCAGCAGUAAGAGAGAUCCCCCCCACAGACAGACAGGCAGACAGAGAUACUCUACCAUCCAACAGGACUGGAGCCGUGUCCUCUCAUCACACAGCCAGGAGGUAGAGACCUCCACCACUUUUCCCCUCAGAGAAUCUGUCCUGCUUGCUGAAGGCAUGGCCGGCAACUGGAUCACUGGCCCGUCCAAUCAGACAACAGACUUCGGCAGCGUGUUCACUCACCAGGUGCUCCCAGUUCUCUACGUGCUGAUCGGCGGCGUGGGCUUGGCUCUCAACAGCUUGGCUGCCUGGAUCUUCUUCCGGGUGCCCAGCGACUCAGGCAUGGUGGUCUACUUGAAAAACAUGGUAGUGGCCGACCUGCUGAUGCUGCUCACCUUYCCCUGGCGCGUGGCCAGCGAGCUCGGUCUGGGCGGCUGGCAGGUCCGCGUGGCCGUGUGCCGCUACAGCGCCGUGCUCUUCUACUCCUCCAUGUACGUGGGCAUCAUCUUAAUGGGCCUCAUCAGCCUGGAGCGCUACGUCAAGGUCGUAGGACACUCGUCUUCCUGCACACACCUCCUGCAGCGAGUGGGGUUCACCCGGGUCGUGGCCCUGCUGACGUGGAGCCUGCUGCUGCUUUCCGUCCUCCCCAAUGUUGUGCUGACCAGCAAGCCUGCGGACGAGCAGAGCUCCAGACACUGUGUGCAGCUAAAGACCCCCCUGGGUCAGCAGUGGCACAAGGUGUCCUCGUAUUUCGGUGUGGCCCUGUUCUGGGCCACCGUACUGGUUCUAGCCUUCUGCUACUCUUCCAUUGCCCACCACUUCUACAAGUCGUACCGCCGCGUUCGCCAGGACGACAGCGGGGUGUACAGCAAGUCCAACUGCAGUAUCUUCAGCCUCCUGGUUGUGUUCUUCAUCUGUUUCGUGCCCUACCACAUCUGCCGCGUGACCUACACCCAAAGCCAGUUACCCGGCUCCGGCUUCAGCUGGCACAGCCGUUAUAUGCUGUUCCAGGCGAAGGAGGUCACCCUCUUCCUGUCAGCACUCAACGUGUGCCUGGACCCCGUCAUCUACUUCUUGAUGUGCACUAAGUUCCGCGAGUCACUACUGAAGAAACUGCCCAGAGGCAAGGGAGGGCCAAAGAGAUGUUCCCUUACCACAGAACAGACUGUUAGUAAUAUGUGAUGAGAAGAGGAGAGGAGAGAGAACAGGUGAGUUGAAAGAAGAAGCAUAUGUGGAAAAAUAGUAAACCAGUAAAAGGAAAGAAUUCUAAAACUAGAUACAGUAUGUGUUUAUAUAUUGCAGGGAGUUCGACUGACCCUUUUGUAAUGAACUCCACUGUUAUCAUCUAUCAACAUUGAUAGAUGAUGAGACAUGUCUGCACUACAUUAGAAAUGAUAACARCAGACAUUUGUUUGUAGAAAACACCUUUACAGUAUUAAAAAUGCUUACAUUUCAUUGCUACUGAUGCCAUAGGAUAAGACAUGGGUUAAGACAUUUUUUGUUGUUGCUUUAAAUCAUGUCAAUGUUGUUUUGAGGUUUGAUUUAAUAAAAAUA